UCUUUCAGGUCUAACUUCAAACUUGUGGCUGUUAAUUCAAAACUCUAUGCCAUUGGUGGGCAGGCCGUUUCUAAUGUUGAGUGUUACAAUCCUGAGCAGGAUGCCUGGAAUUUUGUGGCACCCUUACCAAAUCCUUUGGCUGAGUUCUCUGCGUGUGAGUGUAAGGGAAAAAUUUACGUCAUUGGAGGAUAUACCACCAGAGACCGCAACAUGAACAUUCUGCAGUACUGCCCCUCGGCCGACAUCUGGACCCUCUUGGAAACCUGUGAUGUCCACAUUCGCAAGCAGCAGAUGGUAUCUGUUGAGGAGACCAUCUACAUCGUGGGCGGCUGUCUGCACGAGCUGGGACCCAACCGGAGGAGCAGCCAGAGUGAGGACAUGCUCACCGUGCAGUCCUACAACACGGUCACGCGACAGUGGCUCUACCUCAAAGAGAACACGUCCAAAUCGGGUCUUAACUUGACUUGCGCGCUUCACAACGACGGCAUCUACAUCAUGAGCAGAGACGUGACCCUGUCCACCAGCCUGGAACAUCGAGUUUUCCUCAAGUACAACAUCUUCUCAGACAGUUGGGAAGCAUUCAGGCGUUUCCCAGCCUUUGGACACAACUUGCUGGUCUCCUCUCUUUAUCUGCCCAAUAAAGCAGAAACAUGACUGAACUGACUUAGGAUUUAAAAGAAACCUGGUUCAAGGCAGAAAAAGAAAAAAAAAAAAUGUAGCGUCCCAUUUCCAGGGAGGCCGAUUUCUAAGAGGAAAACGUGGGUGGAAGUAGGUCACAUGUACAAUAGCUGUAAAUAAGCUUACUUGAACUAAUUACUUGAAAACUUGUGGAGAAAAGAGACCAACUUUAUUAUUUUUUUAAUUAUUGAUUUUUAAAUGAUGGGAGCAAAUCCAUGAUAAUAUUUUCUUCCAAAUAUGGUACCCUUGGGCCAGUGACUGAAACUGAUCAUCAAAAAGAAGAUUCAUUGUGUCUGCUUUAGUAAAGGGCCAAAGUCAAUAGUUGACGUGAAUGGAACUGGUCUCACAGUCCAUGUCAUCAAUGCUGCCAGCCAUCCAUUGCCCAUCCAUGAGAGUGAGAUGAAUGGAGUCUAUUUCUCAUCCUGCCUUAGACAGAGGAGUGAAUGAAUUAGGUGAGUAGAUACCACCCAGAAUGGCUUUGAAAGCACUGAGCUGAUUCAGCUCCGUUCCCUGGUUCCCAGAAAUACUUACUGAAAGUCUGUUGUGUGCAGGACAGUAUUAAGAACCAGGGAUAUAGACGUAAAUGAACCACGUCCCCUGAUCUGGAAGAGCUUACAGCCUUGUAAAAAUGUUUGCCGUAAUCAUUAUAACCCAUGUCCUCAAAGAUGCCUACCUUUGUCAGGCAUACUGGGGCUCUCUGGCCCGGCCGCCUCUUCAGUCCUGACCGCUUCAUGAUCUACUAACAAUUCUAAUGAACCAGCUUUUCUCUAAAUUUGAACAUCACAACCUAUGUUUCUGUUUUAAUGGUAUGCUUUUUUUCUCACUACUUUUCAUAGUCUUCUCUGUACUUCAUCUUUCAAAAAAAAAAGUGGUAUGUGACCUGCUUUAAAGAGAAUUACUAGGCACACAGCCUAUUUGGCUAAGGGCUCAGCAGCUUGACCCCGUGAGAAGGGGGAGCAAAGUCAGGGAAGUGAGUGUUGGGAGAGAGGCGAGCUGUUCACGUGUGUGUUUGUACGUAUGCCUUUAAAACACUUCCAUAAAGAGCAUUACUAAGUGGUCAUUAAGACACUAGUCCUGACUGAAAGUCAGUUGUUGCCUGUGUGAUCACUAUCCAAGGGUGGUUUUCUGUCCUUAUGUUUCAUUCAUGUAAGAAUAUUUGCUGUUUUUCAUUUUCUUGUGUUGAUUUAGGAACACGAUAUAAAAUACACACCAGUUGAUAUAAUGCUAACUUCUGCACUUGAUAUAACCAUUUUUAUCCAUUCCUCUAGGACACGUUAAAUGUAAAAGAUGGUCAAUUUUGAGGAGCAAAAGGCCGCUGAGAUGACUUUGGUAGUGUUGGCUGGUACUUUCUCAAAUGGAUGUCAUAGUUUAUUACUAGUAAAGAAAAGGAAAAUGUAAUUUGCAUUAUUGUAUCAUUUUUCUAAGAAAAAUCUUAAUAGGGGGUUCUUUAGAUGUCUCUACAAUGUUUUCAUAUCUAGUGGUCAUUUUAGGAAAAUUGAUAGUCUGUAGAAUGAACAGUUAUGUUUUGUUUUGACUGACACUUUGUUAAAAAGGUUGUAUUGUGUCUUCAAGUGUGGCUUAAAAUGUAAACAUUAUGGUAUGAUUCAUUCAAAUACAAUGAUGCCUAUGAUGCACUCACUCAAAUAGCAUUUGUUCUGUAUUUAUAACUAGAACCAUAGAAGAACAUCUCUUCAAAUAAAAUAGUUCAAAAUCUUAACAA